CACCCAAACAAACCUACGACGACGCUGACACAGUAAACCAUGGCAAAACAAACCAAGGAGCAGAUUGCAGUUCAGUUGAAAGCAGCUAUAUAUUUGCAUGUGGCCAAGAUAGUCGAAGAUCAAUUGAAAACCAUGGGAGAAACAAACUCCGAAGAGGAAAGUUCCGUGUUUGCAACGCCAAUUUUUAUUUCUUCCUUGGUUGAAUUAGUAUAUAAUCAGAUAAUUUUAUUGGGAAAAGAUCUUGAAAUGUUUGCUGAACAUGCAGGAAGAGAUGUGAUCAACCCCCUGGAUCUUUUCAUGGUUACGAGAAAGAAUCCUACGUUGCAACAAUAUUUGAAAGAUAUUUUGGAAAAGAGAAGUUAAUCCGGAAUAUCCAGAGACAUGCAUGUAAACAACAGAUACACGAGCGAAAAAUCUCGAGAUUAGUUCAGAUUUGGUGACUGAAUAUCAUGUUAAUGAUAUCAUUUGGCUUGAAGGAAGGUGAAGCAUGAUCCACGGGUUCCACAAUAGAGGAGGAGAUCUCGGAUUAGUUGUGUUGAGGGGCGGGCGAAGUAAGUUUAUUAUUAGCGGGAAUAAACAACAUGCCAGGGGAACAGACACACACACAACACGGGGAAAUGUGGAUAAAUAAACUUGUGCAUAUUAAAAAAAUAAUAUGUGAAUAAACAAAUUUAGUCCGUGCAAAAAUCUAUUAGAG